UUUAAUCGCAUCAAAAAUCAAAAUGUCGUGCCACGACUGCCAUUCCUCCGAGAAACCCUCACAGUCCGACUCCACAGGCCAGGGUGUCACUGCCCGUGCCCUUCAGUGGAUGUCGGCAGUUGUCCCUGAAGGAUCAGCGCUGCUGUCCUGUUCCUGCUGCUGGUUACCAACAGUUCUAGAUUUUGUCUUUGCGGGUUCAGUGACCGCAGCAGGCAUUCAAAAACUUCGUCCUCUCUUCUUGGCCGUCUCCCUCUUGACUCUGGCGUGGAGUAUCAGUCAACAAGGCCUCAACAAGAGCAACCGACGACGAGCAAUUAUUUGUGCAUGUCUAUUAGCUUGGUCGCAGUAUAGCGAACGGGCACAGUCUGCAAAGGGGCAUCACAGCUGUCAUUGAUUUAGAGCAAUUAUUGUGGGUUACUUUGAGACUCAAACACGGGGGAUGUGCUGAUUGUCCCCCACGGAAUAAGACUCC